AUGGGCGAUGAUGAACUAUUAGAAGAAAUUUUAAAUCUUCAACCUCUUAAAGAAAUGAAAUUCACUAUUACAUCUUCAAUCAAAUAUGGAACAAUUGUUGGUGCAGCAACAAUUGUUUCUGGUAUUCUUGGUGGACCUGUGGGGCUUACAGUUGGAGGUGUAGUUAGCAGUUGUAUAGUAGGUUAUGUAUCAGGUCAAGAAUAUGAAUCUGUUCCAUACAUUCUUCUGUAUAAAACAACCCCAGCAGAAAGACAGAAAUUGUUGAAAGUAAUUCUGAAUUAUCUUCGAAAACAUGAUGUAACAAUAAUUAAAAUUCUAUAUACACUACAUAGUAAAGAGGCAUUAAUAUCAGGUAUACAAAAGAUAAUACGUGAAUUUUUGAUGGAGUUAGAUCUAAAAGUUGCAAAAACAUGGUGA